AUAUGCGCCGCGCUGCGCGUGGGACGCAACGUUUUGACGUCCGCGAACGCCUCCCGGUCGUUCCCAUAAUCCACGGCGGCUCCUCCACAUUUGGAUCUUGCGCUGUGAGUGUCAAACCCAAGAUGGCACUUCACCGGUUAUUCCAGCUGUCCUCCGUGCUGCGCUCCGCCGUGAGCCUGACUCUGCGUAGGAACAUCGGCAUCUCCGCUGUCCUCUUCAACCGGGCCAAGGAGCUCGACCCCGUCCAGAAGCUGUUCCUGGACAAGAUCCGUGACUACAACACCAAGAGCAAGACUUCUGGUGGCAUUGUGGACGCAGGGCCCGCGUACCAGAAGAACCUGUCUGAAGAGGUAACCAAACUACAGAGGCUAUAUGGUGGAGGAGACUUCACCAAGUUCCCCGACAUCAAAUUCUCAGAGCCCAAGCUCGAUGAAGUGGCCAAGUGAACGCUGUCCAUGUUGUAUAUCUCCUACAUGUCACCAAUAUGUUGUAUUUAAUAAAAAGAUAGUGAAUUGAA